AUAUGCUUUUCAUGUUGCAAUUAUGUUUAUCAUGGGUAUAUUACUAUGGCAUCUAAUAAAUGCACUUUUGGCUUGGAAUUAGGUGAUUGAUUAAAGACAAUUAUCAUUAUGGAAUCAAUUAGGACAAAAUAUCAUUUAUGAUUGUAUCUAAGAUUAAAAGAUAUAUUGUAGAUUUCUGGACAAUUUUAACUCGUAAGGGAUAAACAGUAAGAUGUGGACGGAGCAUUAGCUCGUCAAUUAUCCAUCAGGGGAAUAGUGACAAUUUCGAUCAGAACUACGUGCUCGUGACAAAUUUUCAUGUUAGGAUUUGUCAUAUGAAGUUUAUUUCCGUAUAUUGUAAUAUAAAUUACUAUGAGCAAGCUUCAAUCAAAUCUACAAAAGAUAUUAUGAUUGACCAGUUCACGACAAGUAUUACAUCAUAUAAAUGAUAUCACAUAUGUUAUAUAGUAAGGGAAAAAAUAGAAGAAUUGUAUCGGGUAAUUACAUUUAUCACGCCUCAGACAAAAUUGUUGAAAUCUAAUUGGUCAGAUCUUGGUCACAUGACGCCGUGAAAAAAACCGUAUCAUGCGAGUAAAAUCCGUAUUGGGCGAGUAAUUUUAUUUAUCGUCGGGUUCGACUUGCAGCCAUGUCAAAAUGGCGAAGCGAUUUGGGCAGACGACUGCUACACAAAUAGACGAGAAAAGGCUAAAAGUGAAUUCAGAGAAUACACUUCGGUGUAAUGCAAAAGCGGCUAAGAUCCUUAGGGACUAUCUGAAGGAACAGGGCCAAAAUGAAGAAUUUGAGGCCUAUGAUACAGUCGACUUGUCGGAAGUUCUGGGUCAUUUUUACUGUGACGCACGGAAACCGGAUGGGGAGAAGUAUAAAACAUCGUCUUUCGAGAACAUCAGACAUUCUCUAAACAGAUAUUUACGAUCUCCACCCUUUAACAAGCCGUUUGACAUCAUUAAGGACCCGGAGUUUGCAGAUGCCAACCAAAACUUCAAAGCUGUGAUGGCGGAACUGAAACGAGAGGGUCUUGGCACUGUAACCCACCAUGCUGUCAUUUCGGAGCCAGAUCGGGAAAAGCUGUACACAUCCAUUCAUCUUAGUCCAACGACACCGUGUGGUCUCCUGAAUAAAGUUCAGUUUGAUAUUCGGCUGUAUUUCUUCAGAAGAGGCUGUGAAAAUAUGCAUACCAUGACAAAGCAGACAUUUGUUGUAAAGUGGGAUCCAAAGUCGGGCCAGAAGUUUGUGACUAAAUGCAUGGACGAGAUGACGAAAAAUCAUAGAGAGAAUGACAAAGAAAACAUAACUCCUAUUAUGCCCGAGAUAACAGACUCUGCGUAUUGUCCAGUAUCAAGCUACGAACUCUACAUCAGUAAAUUGAAUCCUGAUCUUGAUCGGCUCUGGCAGCGCCCUCUGUCAACUUUCUCAGAAAAUGAUGAUGUUUGGUACGCAAAGGUACCUGUGGGACAGAAAGUACUCGAAGCAUUCAUGUCAGAAAUGAGCAAAUCUUGCGAAUUAAGUCAAGUUUACACCAAUCACUCGAUACGAGCUACUGGGGCUACGGUUCUGUCAAAGGGGGUGUUUGGCCCUGCUCAAAUUAUGGCAGUAACAGGCCACAAAUCUGUGCAAUCCCUUAGUGUAUAUCAACGUGUUGAUGAUGAGGAAAAAAUUCAAAUGGGCAAAACCUUGAGUGAAUCAUUAGUGCCAACACUAAAAAAUCAGCUGACUCUACCUCCAUGUGAUGUAAGUCGCCCAGCCAUACAGUUGUGUUCAUCCCUGAAACAGUUACCAGUAGCUACCACAAGUGCAGCGGGUCAUUUAGUUGGUGUCGAUAUCGGUGCUCUCCUUGACGAUUUUGGAAGCACAGACAUGUCCAACACAACCACCAUGCAAACAAGCCAAACAAAUCCAACCAUUUUCAACAACUGUACCUUUACAAUAAAUUUUAAGAUUUAAACUUGGUUACCACAGUAACAAUGUGAUCAGUGUUCCUACACAAGCCAUUCUCUUGUUUACCAUGUAAUUGUUAAUUUUUUCAAAUACUUUUACACUUGUUGACAUUGUUGAAUUUCCUUAUCAAAAUAUUAAAAAAUAAUUCAGAACAGUUGUUUUCAAUUAUUCUUAAACAAAAGGAAAGACAUUUGACUAAGUUGUAUGAUAUAGACCCCCACAUAUACAGUUAGAGGUCUUCGACGUGAUAAAUUCGUUACACAGUUAGUUAGUGACCUGAUACGGAAAAAUACAUGGUGU